AUGGAAAACGAAGCCUGGGAAGAAAUUUUUGAAUGGGAAGUCGAAGAAGAUCUCGACUUGUCAAGUCGCCUCACAAUCAAGUCAAUUAAUAUUAGCACCGACGACAAUAAGAACAGUGACAUUUUAAGUCCUGAAUUUUCAUUCACUUCCUCGUCCUCAGAAGAAAGCGAAGAUGAAGUUUAUGAAUUUAUCGAAACUCACAAACGACCAACAUUUGCAAAUAUUUUAAAAGGAUUCCCAGUGAUGCCAAACACCAAAAAUUUAUUACCACCACAAUUCACAACUUCAUUCCCACGCAAAACUUCGAACAACGAAACUAAUAAUAAUCAACUCACUACAACCGUCGCUAACUAUCCAAUUACUGAAUUCUCCUCGUCAAACGAACUAAUUUACAAUGAGUUGGAAACAUAUCAAAUACAACGUCAACGAAAACAAAAAGAAAUUGCAAAAAUACAUGAGGAAAUUGAGAUGGCAUUGUUCCGUGACGAGCAAGAACUUGAUGAAAAAUACGCUAAUUUGAAAGCUUAUCAUAAGUCAAUGAAAUAUAAGAAAAAACUAAAAGACAAGUAA